UGGAAGGCCAAAAUGAAGUCGUUUCUUUGGUCCUUAGAUGAACGUGUAUGGAGUACAGUGGUUCAUGGAUUUCCUAAACCCACAAAGAAGAUCGGAAAAGGAGAUGAAGAAACCACAAUCCUCAAAGCCAGAGAGGAGUGGACCACUGCAGAAGUCACACACAGCACUAAUAAUCAAAAGGGGUUAAAUGCUUUAUUUACUGCUGUCUCUUCAGAUCAAUUUGAAUAUAUAUCUGGUUGUGAUACUUCUAAGAAAGCUUGGGAUAUUUUGCAGGUUACUCAUGAAGGAACAGAUACUGUCAAGGGAGCCAAGCUUCAAAUGCAUACUUUACAGUUUGAGACACUCAUGAUGGAUGAGAAUGAAACUUUUUCUGAAUUUUAUGCUAAACUGUGUGUAAUUGUGAAUGCUUGUUCAAGUUUAGGUGAAAAAAUUCCAGAAGACAGGGUUGUGAAAAAGAUUUUGAGAUCCUUGCCUCAACGAUUUCAACCAAAGAUCACGGCUAUUGAAGAGAUCCGCGACUUGAACACCUUGAAAGUUCAAGAACUCAUAGGGUCCAUACAAACCUAUGAGAUGAAACAUCUAGCUCCUAAAAAGAGCAAAAAUGUUGCUUUCAAGGUUGUGAAUGAAGAAGAUGAUGGGCAUUCAAAUGAAGAUUGCAGUGAUGAGGAAUUAAUGAUUCUCACAAGACGAUUCAUGAACUUUCUCAAGAAUCAGGAUCCAAGGAGUCGAGAUUCAAAAGGUAUAAAUUCUAAAAAUAGGUUUGUUAACUAUACUGAUGGUGGGUCUAAAUUUCGCAGGUCAAAUGAACGAAAGAAUCCAAGAGAAAAGGUCCAAUGUUUCGAAUGUGAAGGCUAUGGACACAUAUCUUCGGAAUGUGCCAACACCUUAAAGAAACAAAAGGAUGGCAAGAAUAAGGCAAUGCAUACUACUUGGAGUGAUAGUGAAUCGGAAUGCGAGAAUGAUGAAAAGACGGUUGCACUCAUAACCACAGUUAGCUUGGAUGAAUCACAUGAGGAUGAUGAUUGUAAAGAAGUUGCUAUGCUGAAGCUGGAAAAUUGCAGGAUUGCAAACGAGUUUCAAUCCCCUGAUGCAGAUUCCGAAAAGAAAAAAUUGACAAGAUGAUUAGCAUGGGACGAAGAGAUGGUGACAAACGAGGCUUGGGAUUUCAACCAAGUAAUAAGUCUUCCGCUGUGUCUAAAACAAAGUUUGU